GUUUCUUUCAUUCUCUAGUGCCGCAGCAGGAGUGAGAAGCCGAGGCGCGUCGAUCUCAGGGAAGCAGCGGAAGACCGUACAUCGUCACCAUGGGCCGUAUGCAUAGUAGAGGUAAGGGUAUUUCGGCAUCUGCUUUGCCGUACAAGCGGACACCGCCGAGUUGGCUCAAGACCUCUCCACAGGAUGUUGAUGAUUCCAUUUGUAAGUUCGCCAAGAAGGGUUUGACCCCAUCUCAAAUCGGUGUCAUCCUUCGUGACUCUCAUGGAAUCCCACAGGUGAAAAGUGUCACCGGCAGCAAGAUUUUGAGGAUUCUCAAAGCCCAUGGUCUUGCUCCUGAGAUUCCUGAGGAUCUGUACCACCUGAUCAAGAAAGCAGUUGCUAUCCGCAAGCACCUUGAGAGAAACAGGAAAGACAAAGAUUCCAAGUUCAGGUUGAUUCUGGUGGAGAGCAGGAUCCACCGGCUUGCUCGUUACUACAAGAAGACCAAGAAGCUUCCUCCUGUCUGGAAAUACGAAUCUACCACAGCCAGCACUCUUGUGGCUUAGAGAGGCAUGGAGUUGGUGUAAAAGCUUCAAAGAACACCUCAGAUUGCGUUGGCAGCAUUUGGACUUCAGUUUCUUCUGCUCUUGAACUAAAUCUCUGUGUCUUUUUUUUUGCCUUUCUAGUUUUGUCGGGUUACAAUGAGAUUUUGAACAUUUUGAGAACACAGAGUGUUUUAUUUAUCACCAGACUGGUUCAUGGUUCUCUUA